AUGACGGGCAAAGCGCACCCUGGCGCUGAGGCGUUCCAGUCACUCCCGCCUACUGCCUCCCAGCAUCAACCCAUCGCGACCUCCCCGCCAUCGAAACGUGACCUAGCUUCCUGGUGGAGGCAAUUCAAGAAGAAUACAAGAAAGGUGGAACAGAAAGCCCCAUCUCUCACAGCAACUCUCGCCUUGCAGACUGCACUCCAGAUAACUAUCUUCCAUUCCAAUGUGCUAACGGAUGUGCCUUUAGCAGACAAACCCCAGGGAAUAUUCGGUGUUCCUCUCAACGUCAGCAUCAAGUACGCCAAUGUCGCCAUUUCCCUUACGAAUGACAGUGGCGAGAGUUUCAUCUACGGUUAUGUCCCGAUCGUGGUCGCGAAAUGUGGUGUGUUUUUGAAGGAAAAAGCAACCGAUGUCGAGGGAAUUUUUCGUCUCAACGGGUCCGCGAAACGUAUCAAGGAUCUUCAGGAGGUCUUCGACUCCCCCGAACGUUAUGGAAAGGGCCUGGAUUGGUCGGGGUAUACCGUUCACGAUGCUGCGAACGUACUCCGUCGCUACUUGAACCAGCUUCCCGAACCUAUCGUCCCAUUAGAAUUCUACGAACGUUUCCGCGAGCCCUUGCGUACAUACCAGAAACAAGUCCAAGGAAAUGGGCCAACAGCAGAGUCCGAAGCCUUUGAUCACGCGAGGGCCGUCGCAGCUUAUCAGCAACUCAUCAGAGAACUUCCACCAUUGAACAAGCAGUUGUUGCUUUACAUCCUUGAUCUGCUGGCCGUCUUUGCUUCCAAGUCAGAGCAGAAUCGCAUGACGUCGGCAAACCUCUCCGCCAUCUUUCAACCCGGGUUGCUUUCUCACCCGCAACAUGACAUGUCGCCCGAGGAAUAUAAAUUAAGUCAGGAUGUCUUGAUCUUCCUCAUCGAAAACCAAGACCACUUCUUGUUUGGAAUGAAUGGAACUGCUGCCGAUGAGCAAACUGUGAAGGAAGUCGAAGGUGGUAUGAUGCCGCCGCGAACCACAUCUCACUCAACCGUAAGGCGCUCUGUGUCGAGUGCAAGCGCUGGAAGGGACAGCUUUCGGAAAUAUGAAAACCUGCGCAGGAACGUUUCUGUUUCUUCCAAAAAUUCGCGCAAGUCCAACAACGCCCCCAGUCCAGGAACACCUUCCUCCAUCAGCGGCGUGGGCGUGCACAGAAGUAAUACCCUGCCUUCGAAGAUGUCACCUGCGAUCCCACCCUCUCGACUCGGCAGACCUGCAGAGUCUGCAGAGUCUACAGAGCCUGCGGAGCCUACCGUCGUGAACUCCUCUAAACUUGCGCCCUCUGCUCAAAAUUCUCGGUCGGCUAGCCGGACGCCUCCUCCCCGUGAAGAAAGUAGUCAACCCUCUUCCGGUCAAAUUGGGUCCAACCCGGCUACAAUCGGGUUUGCCUAUGUGCAUUCCUCAACCCACGGUCCGAUUCCCAAAACAGCAGCUGAUCGGUCCACCGUGAAGGCGGGUCAGCAAGAAUCUGCUCCCAUGCCAGUAUACUCUCCACCGCCGACACUCGCAACACCGAACAGAGAGCGGAAGCUAUCCAGUUUCUUUUCCAAAUCCCCACCCCCAAGCGGAGAUCACAAGGAGCCAAGACAACCUAACCGACUUAAGAAGAAACGUAUCCCAGGAAGUGCUAGUGAAAGUGCACAGAGUUCAUCCCAAUCGCUGCAGGCAGCAACCUCAGAUCCUAAUCUGAUUGCAAUGCUUCAGGCUGCUCGGGCGCCAUCUGAGAUCAACAAUGAGGUGGGAGGAACGACCCCCAGACCGCCCAACACGACAUUGGCAACUGACGAAUCCACGUCUCAAGCGAAAGACGUUAAACAUGAACACUCCUCGAACUCUAACGAAAGUGGACCCCAGCCUGCAACGGAUACCUCGUUGAAACCUUAUGGAUCGCGUACUCCCUCCAUGAACUCACGAUCUUCUUUCACCGAUCAUUCCGAUUUUGACCAGACCGAUGAUGCUUCCCGAGCAGAACGCAAGGAGCGUCGACGAAGCUGGAGAUUCCCACGUUCAUCCAAGCGAAGCAAUGAGCAUAUUGGUCUUGGACUAGCGUCACCUCCACUGAUAGCUACCAACCCGGGAGCUGAGCGCAGCACGAGCUCUAUUGGAAGUUGGCACCAUGCCAGUCGGAGUUCACCAUCGGAUCUACAACAGUUUGCAAAUGAGCUUUCCAACCAGCCCCUGAGUCUUGAUGCUGAAAUAAGCAACAACGGACAUUCUUCUAUCCAUGGGUCUGAGCCAGAGAAACGAGGUCUUUUUGAGAAAUUCAAGGCCAAGGUUGCGCAAGUCCGUGAUGGCGGAAGAGAUUCGGACAGAGAAGAGGCUAGAAGCCCUGUGCUUUCUGAUAACGAAAAGUCUAUGACCAGCCUGCCCCUGUCCCCAAGUGGAAGAAGCAACGUCAACGGCCGACCUGCUCCAAUUGAAGUGCACAAGGACCAAAAAGAUGAAAUCUUGAGCACGCCAGUUUCCCCAUUGCCUGGCUCUGGAUUGCCUCCGCCAAUCCCCGAGGAGCCCAACACUCCUGAAAGUCCAGUUGCGGCUGCCACUACCGAACAGAAAAGAGACAAUGCCAGCAUAGCCGCUGGUGCAGCUGGGCCGCCAACAGAAUCAAUCUCGACUUCCGACCUCCAGAAAGAGACGAAGGAUACCACUUCGUCCUAA